AUGAAUGAAAAAGAAGAUGCUAAGUUGGAAAGAUUUGUUAAAAUUGGUUUGUGGCUAGCUAUCUUACUUUACUGGAUUUCUGGAGUUGUGUUACUGUGCAUAGGAGUGUCUAUUCAAGUAAAACUCCGAGAUACUUUUGUGGUGGUGAAUGAUGCUGCUUCAGGAGUCCCUGUGAUAAUAACUGUUAUUGGCACACUUGUCGUCAUUGUGUCUGCCUUUGGGGCAGUUGCUCUACUAAAACAAAGCCCUAAGAUGAUUAAAUUGUUCACAGGCAUGUUGUUGGCACUGUUGAUACUUGAAAUCAUAGUUGGUGCUACUGCCUACACUUACAGAGGGAAGUUGUAUCAAACUUUAUUGAGACAUGUCUGGAACACAUUGGACAAGUAUAGUGAAGAAGUGCAGAUCACCAAAGGUUUGGACAGCUUACAGACACAGUUCCAGUGCUGCGGUGCAGAGAACUAUACUGAUUGGCUGAAUACGACAUUUGGAUCUCUCUCCUCAUCUGUCCCAAGAAGCUGCUGCAAAGUACCUGGGGAAAACUGUGUCACAGAUCUAAGCAAACAUACAGUAGGCAUUAACCAGCAGGGGUGUGUUCGAAAACUGAAGAACUGGGUAGACGAACACAUUGCUGUAUUUGGAGGGGUUGGGAUUUUUGUUGGACUUGCACAGCUAUCUUGGAUUCCAUUUUGCUAUCUGCUGCUGAGAAUACUAAAAGAAAACUAUGAACGUAUUGAAUAAGUUUGAAGAAGCUGAUGUGAAUUUUUUGGCUGGAAUUGGAAGGCAACAUUUACAGUGUUCUUUUUUUGU